UUGAUUCUUGGUUUUUUGGGCAGUCUUCUUGCUCCGAUUGCCAAGGGAAUUGUAAAUCUCGUUGCUCCGCCUGACCCUCCACCGCCGCCACCACCUCCCCAAAUAAUUUACGCAGCACCACCCAGUGCGCCGGCACCUGAGCCUGUUAAAAAGGAAGAGGACAAGGAGGAACCCGAGUCUAAACCUGUGAAAUCCAAAGAUGUCAAAAAAAAUGAAAAGGAAGAGUCUGACAAUGGCAACGAGGAUGACAAGGACGAUGAGGACGACGAAUCCACGGACGAACAAGAUGAAAACGACCACCAUGAAGAUGAUGACGAGGAAGACUAG